CACGCAGACACCCACAGCAGAACCAGGUGAAUCCCCUGGGGAAGCCUCCCUGACCAUUUCAGGAAACAUUACCCCAUUCCGCACAUGCCAGCGGCAUCAUGUUGUGGAAACACAAGGGGGCGGGGGUUGUCAGCUGCACAGGACCUAGGAAAGGAAUGAGGGGCCAACGCAGCUGGGACGUGGGGCAGGCUGGAUACAGGGAGAGUGAAAACAGGGAUGAGGGGUGGAGGCCCAAGAAGCGGUUUCCCUAGAACGGUGAGAAGAGGCAGGCGAUGGGGGGAUUGGCUGGGCGACAUUCCCCAGCAAGGCAGACAACUGACACUGGGGAUUGGGGUCACUGGGGCAGCUCACCAACCAUCUACUCCCCUGCGGAAGCAGAACUGGGAGCUGCUGUGCCAUGUAUAAGCAGGGUCUGAAUGAGCUCUCCCCUGACAGCUGGGAGCGGGGAGAGACUUCAGGAGCAAAUUGUAUUUACAUGACCACAUCUACUCUGCCUAGGUACCCAGCAGACAGGAGCUGUGUUUUCAAAGUGAUCAACUCUGGCUGGCGUUGGGAUACAAAUCACUUUAGUACUGAAUGCAACGGUAGUGAAAUGCUCUUACCAAUAUUGUUGCCUUUAUUGUAUGAAUAAAGAGGAGCAGAACUGUGCUUAACCUGUCCCGAAUGAGGGGGUCACCCUCCACUGAAGGGACCUUGUUAAGCCAGGGGCUCAAAUGCCAGAGGCCUGUGAAAGUAAAAGGGGGUGGGGACAGAUGUCCCCGCCAGGAGGUGUGGUCCCUCCCUCAGAUUUCUCGGUCUGGUUUAACCUGUUUCCCCUUACUGUUCGAAGUUCAUUAUCUUAGAGUGCUCAAAUGAGAGCUGAAAUCACUGGUGGUGGGGCAGUGUGUCUGCCCAGCCUGCAAAAAGCUGCCAGGCAGUAAAAGACUGACCUGCAGAGGUCACAGCAGAGAUGCAGGUGCCAGCAGAAGGUGACUGACAGUCAGCUGGUGGACAAGUGGCCGGCCGGGCAGCCAGCCAGAGCAAGCACUCAGAUGGCAGAGCAAGCAAAGUGCCUUCUUCCCAGAGGUUGGAAGUGAACUCACACAGAUGCACCUCUCAACCCUGGGUCCUGUCUGACCCAGGACAACCACUCCAGUGACUUUUCCCUCCCAGUCUGGGAUUUGGUCCUAGCCCUUGGAGGAGCCAGCUGGAGCUGGGGAAACCGGUAUCAUGAGUGUUCUCAGCUGCCUGCUGGCCGCCCUCCUGCUGCUGCCCCUGCUGGAGGGUGCUGUGGAGUUCCAGUCAACCUGCGGGCAGUCAGUGACCUCCAGCCGCAUUGUAGGAGGGCAGAAUGCCCGGAACGGGGCUUGGCCCUGGCAGGCCAGCAUCCGAUACAAUGGAGUCCACAUCUGCGGAGGGUCCCUCAUCACAGGAGAAUGGGUGGUGUCUGCAGCUCAUUGCUUCAGUCUGAGCCUGCCCGUCACUGGUUACUCUGUUUCCCUGGGGGAAUUCCAGCUGAACAUCCAGAGCGCAAACUCCUUCACCUCUGCUGUGUCACGGGUCAUAAUCCACGACAACUACAACCCCACCACCUAUGCCUCCGACAUAGCCCUGGCGCACCUAAGCACGCCCCUUCUGUACACCGCCUACAUCCUCCCUGUCUGCCUUCCCGCCCGCAAUGAUUCCAUCGCCUCCGACACCCAGUGCUGGGUCACCGGCUGGGGCAAUGUCCAGACGGAUGAAAAUCUCCCUCCUCCCCGCACUCUGCAGGAGGUUCAGGUCUCACUCAUAGAUGUCCAGACAUGCAAUGACCUCUAUAGCACACCCAUCACAGGGUACCCGGGGUCGCGCCCCAUCAAAGAUGACAUGGUGUGUGCUGGCUACCCCGAAGGAGGGAAGGACUCCUGCCAGGGCGAUUCUGGGGGACCCCUCGUUUGUUCCGAGGCUGGCUUCUGGUUCCUGAUCGGCAUUGUGAGCUGGGGAGCCGGCUGCGGCCUCCCCAACCGCCCUGGGGUCUAUACCCGGGUCUCCACCUACUCCGACUGGAUUCAGCAGCAGCUCCCCAGUGUGGAAUCCGGGGUGGUGAAUGUCACCAUUAGGAGCCAGCCUAAUGCCGGCUACACUCCAGCGCCCACCCCCCUGCUCCUCAUCACCCUCCUGCUGGCCAGUGCUGCCUUGGGGUUGGGGCCACCCCUUUGUUUCUGAGCUGCUAAUUUAACAACCAGGCCUGCCAUGGAGGAGACAAGGCAUGAUUAUGGGGCUGGGAGGGGAGUGGGGUCUAAUGGGUUAGCACAUGGGGAGCUGAGCGCCAGGACUCCUGGGUUCUCUCCCCAGCUCGGGGAGGAGAGAGGGCUGUAGUGGGUUAGAGCAGGGGACAGGGGCUGGGAGCCAGGACUCCUGGGUUCUCUCCCCAGCUCUGGCAAGGGAGGCAGUUUUAGUGAGUUAAAGCAUUGGUUCUCAUCCGGGGGCCCACAGACCGCUGGUGGGGUGUAAGCCAUUUCAGUGGGUCCAUGAGCCCCCUUGCCCUAUAUGGCUAAAGCUGGGAGCCCAGAAUUCCAAGCCCCAGUGCCCCAUGGGGCUAAAGCCCUGAGCCAUGGCUCCCGAUGAGGCAGAAGCCCUGCGCACCCCUGCCCUGCAUGGGUAAAGCCCCCCAGACCUGUGAGGCAGAAGCCCCCGUGCCCACAUCUAGCGGCUGAAGCCAGAGCCCCAAACCCCCACCCCCCUCCACACACACACACACAGACACACACACACAGAGCUGAAGCCUGGAGCCCAGGACCCCGCCCCUCGGCUGGGCCCUGGAAUUGUAUAACAGGUUGGGAGUCCUCAGAAAGAAAAAGCUUGAGAACCCCUGAGUUAGAGAAGCGGGGGCUGGGUGUCAGGACUCCUGGGUUCUAUCCCUGGCUCUGGGAAGGGAGGGGGGUCUAGUGGGUUAGAGCAGGGGGGGCUGGGAGCCAGGACUCCUGGGUUCCGUCGCCAGCUGUAGGAGGGGAUUGAGGUUGAGUGGGUUGGAGCAGGGGCUGGGAACCAGGACUCCUGGGUUCUAUCUCCAGCUCUAGGAGGGGAUUGAGGUCUUGUGGGUUGGAGCGGGGGCUGGGAGCCAGGACUCCUGGGUUCUAUCUCCAGCUCUAGGAGGGGAUUGAGGUCGAGUGGGUUGGAGCUGGGGCUGGGAGCAGGCCUCCUAGUUUCGAUCUCUGGCUCAUCCACAGAUUUCCCGCGUGACCCUGAGCAAGUCCUGGGUCUCUCUGAGUCUCAGUUUCCUUCGGUGUAAAAGCGGGAGAAUAAACCUGCGUUUGUUUGGAGCAGGUGUUCAAACAACACGUUUUUUGGUGGCCUCAGGGUGCAGCCACCAACUCUUGCUAGUGGCUGCUCUGAGACUUUUUCCUAAAAUACUUAAUUUACUUUAGGAAAAACAAAGAAAUCUGCACAUACACACGUCCACAUCAUUGUCAUUUAUUUAUGUAGGGUUUGUUUGUUUGUUUGUUUGCAGACUCAAUAAUAAAAAUAACGCACAGUUGUCUCUAUUCUUUGCUGGAGCUAAACAGAAUAGGAACACUAAUUAGGUGCUUUCCACGUUCUUGUCUUUUGUUAUCGUUUC